AUGAAUUCUGCAAUUAUCAUUUUUCAGCCGUUCCACUGUUAUUCUGAAUACGCACUGGCUUCCGACAACGCUUUCAAAUGUUAUAUCCAUCGACUUAUCAAUUUUUGCCAGGAAAAUGUGCGAUUAUUCUACCAUGGGCAAUAUCUGAAGGUUUUCGUCAAGCAGUUUCUUGAUCUGCUUGAUGAACAAAACGUCGUCAGCUGCAAAAGUCGUGGUGGCAUCACAAGUUGUCUUGCCAUCCGACAUUUGUGGUUGACGAUGCGUCAAGUAGAUUAUCGAAAAAUGUUCUGA